GAUGACCCUGCCUCGCCAUUUAAGAUGAGUCCCGACCUCGAGAGCGCUAGUUGCUUGAAAGAGGCACACCACAACAAACAUGAAGCCUGUACCAGAAUCCCCGGUGAAAAUGAUGGAUCCGUCGCUGCUUUUGCGGCCGGAAGACUCAUUCAACGGCAAACCAAUAGACGCGUUCCGAGACUACUCCGUUGACGACGAAGACCCCAUCAAGAUGCGCGUACGCAAGACAUACUACGACAUGCACACCAACAUGACAGUCGACUUCGUCAAGGGUAAAAUGGAAAAAUGGCUGAAGUUCAACCACUUCAAAGCCACCAUCAAGGAGGCUUUGAUCAAACUAAACGAGCUGGUGGACGAGUCUGACCCUGACACGGACCUGCCCAACAUCGUGCACGCCUUCCAGACUGCCGAGAGGAUCCGGGAAGACCAUCCUGACGAUGACUGGUUCCAUCUGAUUGGACUUAUUCACGAUCUUGGCAAGGUGAUGGCGUUCUAUAACGAGCCGCAGUGGUGCGUGGUGGGAGACACCUUCGCGGUCGGCUGCAAAUGGGGCAAGUCCAUCGUGUACGGAGACGACAGCUUCAAGAACAACCCUGACACUUACAACCCUAAAUACAACACUCCCAACGGCAUGUACCAGCCACACUGUGGGCUGGAGAACCUACUCAUGUCCUGGGGUCACGACGAGUACCUGUACCGGGUACUUAUGCACAAUAAGGCCCGGUUCCCUAAGAAGGGGCUUUACAUGAUCAGGUACCAUUCGUUUUACCCGUGGCACGCCGGUGGUGAUUACAAGCACUUGCUGAAGGACAGCGACAAGGAUAUUGAGGAUGCUGUUCUAGAAUUCAACAAAUAUGACCUGUACACGAAGAGCGCUGGUAUCCCCGACGUGGAAGCUCUGUGGCCUUAUUACGAGCAGCUGAUCGACAAAUACAUUCCCGGUGUCCUUAAGUGGUAGACGCUGAGAAUUUGCAUCCAAGUUACCUUUUAUAAGAUAGUUACCUACCUACACGUGAGUACGUACAAGUUACAACCCGACAAGAGAAAUUAGAUUUUUUGUUGUCUAGUUUCUGUAUUAUGCAAUCGUUUAUACACCCUUAUACAUUAUUUUGACCUCAGGAUUUUAUAAUGACCUAUUAAUUUUAAGCGAUAUACAAACCACACAAUAUAAAACCUACUUAUAAGUUGAUAUACUUAAUACUCAUUAUUUUAUUGUACUUAAAUAAUAAUCUAGUUUUUACUGUAUAAUAAUUUUCAAUAAAGGAGCUCCUUUAGUCUUA